UUGGACAUGUGUCUCCUUUGGAAACGUUUUCUUUUGAAGCUGCUUCUCCUUCAGGGCAUAGCAUUUUGUUAAUAUUGAAAAAUCUUCCGAACUUUCACAUAAACGUUUUCAAAAUUAUUUUAAAAUUUGUCAGUCAUAAUAAUGACAGAUGCAAACAUAAAAAAGUAAUGUCUAAUUUGAAAAAGGAAAUUAAACUUUUUCUACAUUCAUGUUCUUAAAACUAGAAAACUCUUUUUAAUACCUGUGGCUGUAUUGCUAUGAUGCUUUUGCUUUAUGAUUGAUUUAAUAAAAAUAUUACAGGAUCGAUUUCACGAACGAACGAAAGUUUCAAACAUACGCGACGCGGGAAAAUUUUAAUCUGCAUUUUGUAAUAAAAAUUUAGAUUAUUUCGUUUUAGUAAUCCAGCAAUACCCUAAAUAAAAAAAUGCAGGCAAUAGCGACUCCUAUGACCCAGGCUAUGAAGGAAUGGACGAAAAUAUUUCCAAAGACUAUGACUGAAAAUUAUACCAGUUCUGUUACUUUUAUGAAACAGCUAACGGUCGUAGCCGUAAGCACAAUAACAUAUUUGAAGAAUUUUCCAGAUGAUAGUUAUACUCUUGAACAUUUCGCUGGUCUAAAGCUUAGGAUUUUGAAGAAAAAAUGUAGGGACGAGUUUGCUGAUUUUGUCAGUACGGCCCUAACGCAAGCUUUUGAGGCCUUCGAUAAAAAAUUUCUACACCAAUUAGCACUAUGCUUCUACAAAGACGAAUUCACAACGGACAAUCUAGUGGAAUAUUACAUCUUCGAGUAUUCGUACAACAAGGAUGGGGUGACCAUGAAUGUGCACUCCAAAAGCCGGGACAGCGCCAGGAAGACCAAUAAGUUUUCGUUCGACAAUGUUCGGGACAGAACAGUCCAGCUGAUCCGCGCGUGCAUGGUCAUCAUGCAGACAACACAGCAAAACCCUUUUGAAUAUUGUCACGUUAGCGUCCGGCUGUAUUAUAAUGACGACGCGCCCGAAGGCUACAAUGUGUCGGGUUUCACGGCAGCCAGUCCCGACGACGACCACAUCGGACAAACCCUGGAGCCGGCCAUAAAGCUGGGCAGCGUGGAGACGCCCUUCCACAAGCUGAUGGCCAGCUCCUACAUCCGCGACACUCUGGGCGCCAGCCAUGAGGCUAUCCCAUCUCAGAAUGUACCAAUGAUGACGCAAAAUGAAGAUGACGAUUUUGAAGCAUUAGAGCGCGAGUCGCAGGGGAGAGCGUGGAGUGUGCGCUGUCCCUGCAACAAGCGGGACGAGGACGGCCCAAUGCUGACCUGUUUUUACUGCAACACGCGUCAACACGCGGCGUGUUUCGGUCUGCGAGCUGAGCUCGCGCACGCGCACGCGCACGCGCACGCGCACGCGCACGCGCACUGCUGCGCCGCGUGUCACGAGCGCGGGCGCGGCGCCGCCACCGACCCGCAGCUGGCUGACCUCUCCGACAAGAAGAGAGAGUGUCUGUGUAUAUUCCGCCGCACGCUGAUGUACCUGAGCACUGUGUCGGAGGUUCACGCGGACGACAUCGCGAACAAGCUGGGCAUCUCCAACCUCAACAUGGCCAAGCUGAUGCGCCUGCUCUACUUCCAUGAGAUUCUGAUCGAUGGUCCGGACGCGUCGGCACCGAAGAAGUUAUCACGGGACAAGCUAAACGCUGUAAUAGGUAAAUACUUCCAAAACCCAGAAAACAACAUCGUCGAUCGUCUGUUAGCCGAAACCUUCGCCUCUCAGGAAAGUACUCCCGACCCAGUAGGAGACGUCCUCGAACCUUUAGAGAAAGUAUCAUUACAGAACGCCGACACUCUCGGCCGGGUUAUAGACAACGUUUGUGUACCACCUGCCCGCCAAGAUUCGACCUUAUUGCAAUACAGAGAAGCUGUAUUAUCGAACUAUCAGAAAGACGAUGACCUACCUCUAAGCGGUUCACAUAAUCCGGUGAAGGAUAUGGAGAAUAUUGGAAAGAAAUUGGGCAAAAGGAAGGUAACUGAUGAAAUUGAUAAGCCAAAGGGACGGAGAUCUGCUAGUCUUAAAACUAAGAGAGCUAAAAUUAGUUCGUAAUUGGAAUUUACCAGAAACUUAUACGUUUUAGGUACUGAUUAGUGAUAAGAUAAUUUUCGUAAAAUAAUUUUGCAUUUAAUGUGUUAUGUAUAAAAGUUAUUUCAGUUUACAUAGCUGAUUUACCGUAUACAUAAGAAAAAAGCAAUACUAAAUUUUGAUUAUAUUCCAAU